UUUUCAGUCUAUCAUAAUCUCAUCUUAAAAAUGCAUAUCAAUCCAACCGAAUUCUUCACAAUCUCGCCGUCCUCUCUAAAGAAACUAAUCCGCAACUACAUUCCACCGGAGCUUCUUCCAUCGGAAUGGGACUGCGCGGACAAGAAUCCGCUGAAAAACGUUCAAAACUUGAUUGGCUUGUCCAAUGGAAAGCUGAAAAUGUACGGAUCAGCGGAAGAACUUCUUGACAGUCUGAACACCUUCCAGCGAUUCCCGGGAAGUCAUGAGUUGCUCGGUUUUGAGCUGGCAGAGACUUAUAGUUCCUCUCCGCAAUACUUGAAGAGCAUGAAGGGAUCCACCUACGUCUACAAACACGACUAUUUUGUCAUUCUUCAAGGCAUGAUUCCUUAUAGUCCGCUGAGAAGGUAUGAGACCGAAGUUGCCAUGGCAACUGUCGCCACGUAUUUGAAGAUUAGGGAAUCCGUACUUAAAAGUGACUGCGAGCUUGUUCCACUUGCUCAAAGUGACCUGGAACGGAUUAAGAAUAAUAUUCAAAUUGUGAAUAAUAGCCUAGUCAACUCCGCGUUCAACGAUCUUUCACUUUUGGAAUUUGAGAAUCAUACGAUUGACGAGCUAUUUAUCGCAUUUGAAAAAUUAUUCCCAAGUUUUGAAGAUGAAAGAGUCUAUGAUUCUUUGAAAGCAGUUCUUCGAAAAUUUGUGGAAAAAUUUCCAAUUUGUGAUAACGAGUUCAAGUACCGAACUUUCUUCUCUUGGAGCGGUCUAAUGAUUCUAGAAAUGAUGUUGUUUUUGGAAGAAAACUCUGCACUCGUCCUUCCAAGAUCUCAAAUUACCGAUCAGAAAUGCGCUCCAAUUGUCCGUAUUUUUUCUGACAAGUCGAAUAAGUUCAUAAUGGCUCGUGAGCUUCUCCGGGCGAUGAAGCAAGAAAAUAUGAACGUUACGACAUUUGAAGAAGAAGUUCUUGUGAUGCCAUGGCUAUCAACAUUUACCUAUAAGCAAGUUGCGGAUCGAGUUUCAAAAGAAGACCUGAAAACUAUUGCAGAGUUCAACCUGUUCGAAGAAUUUUUCAAAUCAAUCAAUCAAUAUUUCGACUCAAACAAUGGAAUUCAUUUCAUCGACUUGAAAGAUGUCAUGGAGAUUGACGGAAGAUGGGAAAACUUUUAUAAAACAUUGAACAUUUCUAAUGAAAAUUCAAAGGAAGUUCGCGAUGUGAAGAAAACAGAAUUCACGAUUGAAGAUCUUAAAGAUGAGCUUUCAUAUUUAAAGAUUGACGUCAGCUUCCCAGAAGCCCACGAAAAAUCUGAAAUUGUGUUGGAACAAUUUUGUGCUCUUAAGAAAACGAUAACGACACCUGAUGUCUACGAAAUCAUUGAACACCUUUUGAUUGGUUGCAUUAUUCGAAGAAUUCCUGAAAUGGAAAAGUUUAUUCACAGUCAGCUUGCGUGCUCUCAAGUUUUGGGUUAUCAUUGCGAAACUUGCUUGGGAGCUAAGAAAGUGCAUGUGUCAGAUAUGAAGCCAGUUGAAGUUCCGAAACCGGUGAAAAUUCUAAUAGAAACAAUGAAAGUUGAAAAAAUUGUUUUGGAAACCGUUAUUAAAGUUGAAGAAAAUCAAGAGCCUAAGCUUGCAAAACCAAAGAAAUCAAAAAAGCAACAACCAUCUGAAAAGCCAAUUGCAAAAACUGAAGAAAAACAAUCCAACGCGUGUCCGAAAUGCUUCAGAGCCAGUGAAUACAACAUUAAGCUCAGAGAAGAUUGGAGAUUGGAGAAAAUUGAAACAAAGCAUCUCAGGAAAUCAUUGAAGCUAUCUCAACAAGAAUCCGAAGAGAAUUCUCAAAAAAUUUCUGAGAAAAAUGAAGAAAUUGAACAUUUAAGAGCCCAAGUACAAACAACUCAGCAAGAGCUGAAUGAGACAAUUCGACUCCAGAUGAAACAAAUUCUUGACCACCAAAACGCUCUAGUCAAAAAAUCAUUGCAAGUGAUCGAGAGAGAUGAGGAGAUUCAACUUUUGAAAGGUCAGAUUCAAGCUCAACAAAAUGCUAUUGCUCAACAAAAAAUUUCCAUUAGAAAUCUGGAGCUGGAAAAUCGAAAGUUAAUGCAAAAGAAGCCAACUCAAGCUGCAGAAACCAUCCCUCAAAGAUCAACAGAGGAGACGGAAAAAGUUCAGGCUAUUUUAUUUGAAAUGCUCAAAGCUCAAGCAGUUUUGGAAGUCGAAAGUCCAAUGAACAAGAUCACCAAAAUGACCUCAAAACUUAUUGAAACUUCACUGAACCGGGAAAACAAAAUAAUUGCAAAACGAGAAUUUAUAUAUUUUGAACGACAAAUCAGAGGAUACACAAAGGAAGUGGAAAACCGGAUUAAGAUGAUCAAGUCAAAUCAGGAUAUCAGCAGUGACCAGAUUCCGGAGCUCCGAGACUUUCCAACUUUCUCUGAUGAGUUCUUGAAGGCCUAUAAGGAUACCUUCAAAGAGAAUGCUCCACUCAUUUGUGCUCAACUCCUGAAAACCUCCGACAUGUAAUUCUGGCCUACUGGAUGACAACGAGUUCCCAGCCCUUUCAUGAUCAUGUGUACAUUUUGUGUUCGUUUUUUUUAAAUUUUAAGUUAAUAAUUCGAAUAAAUUAAAUAGGUAAUAAUUGUUACAAUUUGAAUUUUUGUUGCAAAAUGAAGUUCAAUUUUU